UAAUUCUCACGGAUAGUCCAAGUGAAAGCCAAGUCCUCGAUGUCGGUUUCAUCAUCCCGGCUGCCCUUUGGAAUUUAUACUGACGCAAAGCCGAGGUGGAUUGGAACAACUACAGAAAGGGAAAACAAAGAAAAAAAUAACAAAAGAAGAAUCACGAAAGUCAUACAAAGAAGACGAGGAAUGGCAGCGAACACAACUUCUUUUCCUUCUUGACCGUCAGCGUCUUCCCUCCAGUGUCCCCGACUUAUCCAGGCCAGAUCUCUCGAUCCACUGCGAGCCUCCAGGAUCAAAGCGAAAGGGAAGAGAAUGGCGAUGAGUAGCAGCACCAGCAGUACCAGGGGGCGGCGGCGAUGGUGGAAGCGCAUCUUCUCCGACAAAUGGUUCACGCUCGUCGCCUCCUUCUUCGUCAUGUCGUGCGCCGGCGCGCUCUACAGCUUCGGGAUCUACUCGCAGCGCCUCAAGACGGCCCUCAACUACGACCAGCAAACCGUGAGCACCAUCGGCUUCUUCAAGGACCUGGGCGCCAACAUCGGCAUCCUGGCCGGCAUCCUCUACGACGUCUCGGGCUCCUGGCUCGUCCUCCUCCUCGCCGCCAUCUUCAACGUCUUCGGCUACAUGAUGGCCUGGGCCUCCAUCACCUCCCACCUCCCUCACCCCCCUCGGGUGUGGCACCUCUGCCUCUAUCUCUGGGUCGGGGCCAGCUCCGGGGCCUUUGCCAGCACCGCCGUCAUCGUCAGCUGCGUCAAGAACUUCCCCCGGAGCCGCGGCAUCGUCAUCGGCCUGCUCAAAGGAUUCGUCGGCCUCUCCGGCGCGAUGCUCACGCAGAUCUAUCGGACCCUCUACAGUGGCAGCGACCCCGCCUCGUUCAUGCUCGUCGUUGCCUGGUUCCCCACCUUCGUCUUCCUGCUCUUCAUGUUUGUCAUCCGGCCUCUUCCGCAUUCCACUGCUCCCAUUUCUUCCGGUGAUGGUGAUGCGGAGGAGAAGCGACUGGAGAUGAGGAACUUCUACGUCUUCCUUGCAAUGGCGAUCCUGUUAGCGAUCUUCCUCAUGAUCGUCAUCGUUGUCCAGCAUCUAGUGGACGUCUCCGCCAGCGCGAACCAGGCGUUCAUGGCAGUCAUGAUCCUCAUUCUGGCGCUUCCGAUCGUCGUUGCCGUGGAGUCCGUGAGGAAGAGUGGCCGCAACUCAAGUCCUGCCCCGGUUCCAGCUUCUGACGAUCAACACCCGAGUGAUCACGAGCAGCUCAACUCCUCUCCCAAGAGCAAGGUGGUGGAAGAUCAUACCGCUCCCAUCCAAAACCAGCAGCACCACGAAGCCGAUGACGAAGAGUCCGUGCGGAGACAGGAGGUGAUCGAUCCUCCAUCAGUAACAGGCACGCCCCGUCUUCGAGUAAGUUGCUCUUCCUCAGCCAAGCAGUGUCUUCGAAAGUUGGCGGACGAGAUCAGGCAAAUGCCGCCGAGGGGAGAGGACCACACCGUUCUGCAAGCGCUGGUGAGCUUAGAUCUGUGGAUCGUCUUCUUUGCCACCACCGCAGGCCUGGGAUCCGGCCUCAUGGUGGUCGACAACUUGGGCCAGAUGGGAUCCUCUCUCGGCUACUCGCAGAGUAACAUCGCCACCUUUGUCUCGCUCGUCAGCAUCUGGAACUUCUUUGGCAGAGUGGGCUUUGGAUUUGUGUCAGAGAUCUUCCUCCAGAAACACGGAGCUCCGAGGCCGGUCUUCCUGGCUCUCGUUCUGGGAAUUCUCGCGGUCGGCCACCUCUACCUGGCCUUCGCCUGGCCUGGAGCUUUCUACAUCGGCUCCAUUCUCGUCGGGAUGUGCUUUGGAGCUCAAAUGCCGGUCAUGUUCGCUAUCAUCUCCGAGAUCUUUGGCCUCAAAUACUUCGGAACUUUGUACAACGUCGGGAUCCUGGCCAGUCCUCUGGGAACUUAUCUCCUCUCCGUCAAGACUGCCGGCCACCUCUACGACGUCGAGGCCGCAAAACAGCCGCAAAACGGAACAUCCUCGUCGUCGUCGCAUGAUCUACUGUGCUAUGGACCUCAGUGCUUCCGAAACAGUCUCCUCAUCAUGGCUGCCGUCUGCGUCUUCGGUUGCCUGAUAAGUGUAUUCCUAGCUUUCAGGACCAGGCAUUACUAUAGAUCCAUUCGUUCCGCGAUGAAACAGAACCUGUAAGCCUCAACUAUGACCGUAACGGAUUUCGGCUCUGUCUUCGAA